AGAAUAUUCACAAACCACCCGACCAAUGGCGCUUCUAGUAGACAAACAUCGGCCGCGCAAUCUGGAUGCGUUCAGCUACCAUCCUGAACUUUCCGAUCGCUUACGAGCUCUAGCACAAAGCGGCGAUUUCCCACAUCUCCUUGUAUACGGUCCCUCUGGCGCAGGCAAGAAGACGCGCAUUGUUGCGACGCUCAAAGAACUCUACGGCCCCGGUGUCGAAAAGAUUAAAAUCGAUGCGCGCGUCUUCCAGACCACCACGAACCGCAAACUUGAAUUCAACAUUGUCGCUUCCGUCUACCACCUCGAGAUCACGCCCUCAGAUGUCGGAAACUAUGAUCGAGUGGUGGUGCAGGACUUGCUCAAGGAGGUUGCGCAGACACAACAAGUUGACCUGAGUGCAAAACAGCGCUUCAAGGUUGUCGUGAUCAACGAGGCCGACCAUCUGACAAGAGAUGCACAGGCAGCGUUGAGGCGAACCAUGGAAAAGUACAGCCCCAACUUGCGAUUGAUCUUGCUGGCGAACUCGACAAGCAACAUCAUUGCCCCAAUCAGGAGUAGAACGCUGCUUGUGAGAGUUGCAGCACCUACAGAGACAGAGAUCUGUGAUGUGCUGAGCAAGGUGGGCAAGAAGGAGGGGUGGAAGGAUGUAGAGAGCCUACACCAAAGAAUCGCGAAAGAAAGUGGUCGUAACCUCAGGAAGGCUCUCUUGAUGUUUGAAUCAGUGCACGCGCAAAAUGAGAAAAUUACAGAUCAAACACAUAUCCCACCUCCUGACUGGGAAGCGCUCAUUGAGCAGAUCGCCCGGCAAAUCGUCGAAGAGCGGUCUCCACAACGUCUGCUUCAGGUUCGCGCCUCACUCUACGACCUCCUCUCGCAUUGUAUCGACCCUACGACCAUUGUCAAGACACUCGCAUGGAAACUCAUACCAAAGACGGAUGAUGCACUGAAGCCAGAGGUUAUCAAAUGGGCGGCUUUCUACGAGCAUAGGUGUAAGAUUGGAUCGAAACAGAUAUUUCAGAUCGAGGCAUUUGUUGCAAAGUACAUGCAGUUGUAUGAAAGAUAUGCCAUGGGCCUAGAUUUUGAUUCGGCUUAA